AUUUUGUACUUAUAUUGUUGUUUAUACUCAAUAAAUGAGUUGUAUAUUUUUUUUCUAAAACACACGAAUUCAUUAAUCAUCAAAAGUUACGUGAAAGAGUUAAAAGUUAAAACUAUGGGAGCCUAUUCAAUAAAUGAGUUUUGUAUUUAUGCUGUGGGUUCCUAUGUCGAAACCAGAGAAAUUAACCUUGCAUCCAUUUCUCUAAUAAAAGCAUCUCCACUUGAUUACUGUGACAUCGUCACCGUCUUUGUUUUCUCAGCUUUUAUUGGUUUCUGUUUUUCCCCGCAGAUAAUGGAGUUUACAACUAUAGAAGAACUGGACUUGAAGAUCUUUUCGCUUUUGGGUCCGUCUGAUCUCAUGCGUGCUUGUCUUGUUUCACGUUCCUGGUGCCGAUUUGUGAGUGGCAAUCCGUUCAUGAGAGACAUAGUUCGAGAGAUGGUAGAUGUAGCUAACACUAGAGUCACUUUCAGCAACGAGCACCCUGAUUAUGCAUUGCUAAUCAGAGCACUGAAGUAUGCUCCUAGGAUUAACUGCCUCUCUGAAGCAGUAAAGGCAUCGUCUCAUCAUCAUGUUGAUGUAUAUGACAACAUCUCUAACACCGUCCAUGACUAUAUGCUGGCGGGUCCUUGGAUGAGCAGAGGACGAAGUGAUCCAUCGGAGGGAACAGAAUGGCUCAUGUAUAAGCUGACUGAGUUGUCUCUCGUUGGUAGCAUCAAGAUAUACCUAGAACCAACUUAUCCUAGCCUACCGGUCUCUCCAGUCUAUGGAGCACGUUCUGUUCGCUUCAUCUUUGGCGAUAUGAACGAAGAAGGUGUUUUCACUACGACUUUUGCCACACCUUUCUUUCCGAUGACUCAGAAUAGGUGCCAGAAAUUUAGUCUCAGGAAACCUCUUAUCUGCAUCCGCAAGUUUCUGGUGGUUGAGUUUCAUGAACCGGUUAUAUCAUCUGAUGGUCUAUACCAUAUGGGGGUCUCGUAUAUCCAUGUCAAGGGAAGAGAUCUUGGAAGCUCAUUUAGACUUUCUCCGACAAGGGACUUGGCGCUGCAAGCUAUCACUUACUUGGACCCAAAGGUCAAGAGUGAGCUUGAUAUACUUGAUGCUCGUCUUCGUGUGGGUGAUGAUGUUCAAACUCCAAAGCUAGUGGCAUUCUUGAAGGACGAGAACAAUGUGUGAGCGGUGUGGAUUGUUUCUGGAGAGUGAUGUCAAGAUUUUGUAUUUACUAUCUUUGUCUCGUAUGUUUGUUUCAAAUGAUGUAUAGUUUCUCAAUUGUAAACUUCGAUGCAUGUAAGCAUGUUCACCAAAAUGUUGUUUCAAAAUAUUAUGUUUACUAGUCAGUUACAAUGGCAUGUGUUCUGUUU